AAUUGAUUAAAAACUCGUUGAAAAUGAUAUUUUGAAAUAAAAUGAUGAAUUUUGAACUGUUUGAAGGAUUAAGUGCAUAUUUCUGUAAAACAGUGCCAUCCUCUAUUAUUAAAAUAUGGCAGUUAUAUGGUGGAGAAACUAUAUUUGUUCCAGCAUAUAAAAAACCAGAUAUUUGGUUUGGUAUGAGUAAAAAAGUGAUAAAAAAGAAAAAUUCUCUCCAUGAACGAUGGAUUUAUGAUAGUAUUUUAGCGAAUAAACAGAUAUCUUUUGGCGAUUAUUAUAUCAUGAAUCAGUCAAGAUUUUUGAAAUAUGAAUUAUCUCGAUCAAAAAAACUUAAAAAAGAAAAAAUCCAAAAAGCAUUAGAUCGUAAGAAAAAAUCCUUUCAAAAAUCCAAUAGGGUAGCUCUAGCUAAUGAUUCUGACAAUAAUCUUUCUCAAUAUGAUUCAAAUAUAAAGCCUCAUAAUGAUAUUUUGCCAUUUAAACAUACUCAGUCAACAUCUUUCAAUUAUACAUCAAUAUCAAAGAACAUUUCCGACUCAAUUACUUCCACUUCAUUAAAAAACAAAUCUUAUUCUUCUUCGAUAGCAAAUCAAAGGAUUGAUUUACUGCCAACAUCUUAUCAAAAUAUAGGAAAUUAUAUUUUCAAUAAGUCUCUCUUUCGAAAAUCCUUUUUGAAAACAAAGAAAAAAUCUACUGUAUCUUCUUCAUUUAAAACUUCUAAAUCACCAAUUAAGAAAAUUAAGAUUUUAACGUUAAACGACUUCAAUUCUACUGCCAACAUCUUCGAAAUAGUGGCUACCAAAAAAAUAAAUGAUACAAGUAGAUCUGUACAUCCUAGACUUAAAUAACCCUAUUUUUUAAUAGAUUAAUAUAUUUUUAUCUGUUCUCGUAG